AUGAAGAACAUCGACAUGGUCCUUGAAGGCUCGACUGACAAGAUUACCUACGAAGUCUUGAUGAACGAGCUGCCCUAUGUCAAGGCAGUCUUCCACGAGACCCUGCGACUGCACACACCCGUCCCCAAGAACGUCAAGCAGGCCGUCGAUGACGAUAUACUCCCUGACGGCACACGAAUCUACAAGGGCGAGCUCGUCGCGUUUUCGAACUGGUGUAUGGGCCGCAACAAGGCUGUUUGGGGGAUCGAUGCCGAACAGUUUGUCCCUGAGCGAUGGCUAGUCUCUUCGGACACUGGUCGCCCUGGUUUAACGGUGAACCAUGCGACCGGCCGACGAGUGAGCCCCUUUAGCAAAUUCAAGCCGGAGAGUCAGUUCAAGUUUAUCACUUUCAAUGCGGGCCCACGUUUGUGUCUGGGCAUGACGUUUGCGCAGUUGGAGGCGAUGGCGACAACCUGUAUCCUGUUGCAGAGGUACACGUUCAAAUUGACGCCGGGUCACUGUGGGCCGAUGUUCAAGGGUUCACUGACGCUACCGAUGAAGGAGGCGUUGAUGACUGUUGUUACCAAGCGGACGGAUGUCCCUCUUUCCUGGUGCGUCUGA